AUGCAGCACAAGCAGUCCAGUCAUCCAGAAGUCGGCGAAGAUAUACAACCCUCGAACGCCCAGCACUCGGACGGCGACAACACACCAGAUGACAAUGAACCAAACACACGGCACUCUCUAGAAGACUCCCCUUCGCCUUUGGAAUCUCCGCCAGAUGACUACACCUACCCCGAAGGCGGUGCCGCCGCCUGGCUCACAGUCUUCGGGGCAUGGUGCGCCAUGACCGGCGGCCUGGGUCUCCUCAACAGCGUCGCCAGCCUGCAAAACUACCUCUCCCAGAACCAACUCCGCGACUACCCCGAAAGCACCAUCGCCUGGAUCUUCAGCUUGCAAGUCUUUGUUACCUUCCUCUGCGGGAUCCAGAUCGGCCCGGCCUUCGAUGCUUUUGGCCCGAAGGUGUUGGUUGGGGUGGGGAGUGUGUGUUUGGUGGCUGCUAUGCUGUUGCUGGGUGAGUGUACUGAGUAUUGGCAUUUCAUUCUGGAUUACGGGAUUUUGGCUGGGUUGGGGAGUUCGUUGUUACUUACGCCGCCGUUGGCUUCGAUCAGCCAUUUCUUCAACAGGCGGCGAGCGUUCGCUACUGGUAUUGCUAUGACUGGGUCUUCCAUCGGCGGCGUGAUCUUCCCGUUGGUCUUUCGCGCGGCGUAUCCACGGUUUGGAUUUGCUUGGGCUUGCCGAAUCCUGGCCUUCGUCAUUGCAGCGCUUCUGGUGUUCGCGAACAUGUUCCUACGCUCCCGAUUACCGUUAGGCAAACCAAAGCUCCGCGAUAUCCUGCCAGACUUUAGGAUCUUCCUGGACGGCGAUGGCUCGCUCGCCAUCUGCACUGCCGCUCUGUUCUGCAUGGAGUUUGCUCUGUUCAUCCCUCUGGCAUACAUCACAUCUUUCUGCAUAUCGGUUGGACUAGAUCAAUCCUUCAGCUACCAGAUCCUCGCCAUCCUCAAUGGAGCAUCUGUCAUUGGACGUACAGUGCCCGGCUUAGUGGCAGACAAGAUCGGGAGAUACAACACCAACAUCUUCAUGCUCGCCUUCUGCGCCUUCACAAACAUUGCAGUGUGGCUGCCGAUUGCUUUGAUCUCGCCGCCUCCUUCAAAAUCUGCUCUGAAAGGCGUCAUCAUCCUCUACGCUGUUAUGUUCGGCAUUGGAUCUGGAAGUAAUCUAUCGCUGAUCGGCCCAUGCAUCGGUCAGCUGUGCGAGACCAAACACUAUGGGCGAUACUUCACGACUUCAUAUGUAUUCGUGAGCUUCGCGGGGCUCAUCGGUAUCCCGAUUGGAGGCGCGAUAAUCAAUGCUACAGAUGGACGUUACUGGGGUCUGGUCGUUCUCACCGGUCUUGUGUAUGCCAUGAGCAGUACGGGCAUGGCUGCGGUGCGGAUCAUCAAAGUCGGAUGGACAGGAAAAGCAAUCUUCUAG